CUCUCUCACUCUCUCUCAGUCAAAGGGGGGGGAUUCUCCGUAACCAGCUGUAGCUUAAUGUGAUCCGGUCUUCUCAUCCUUUCAUUGGAUUCUCAUUCUCUUUUUUUUAUCAUUUUCUCCUCUUCUGCUGCCGAUGUCACAGCUGACAGUGUUUGGAUGCUACCGAGGUGCAAAAAGCGUAGAGGGAAAGGAAAAUAACUUUUAAGCUGUCAGUGUACCUUUUUUCUUUGAAUCUAGACAUUUUGGGUUGGUUUAUUUGCUGUUGAGAGACUAGUCAACAAUGGAGGGAUUUCUGUUGUAGUGGAUGACUCAUUUGGGUUAUUUUCUUCCUUGGAGAUUGCUGGAUAUAGAUGUUGCGUUCCUUUUGUUCCACCUGUGUGUUUCACCUCUCAGAUACCCUGUAGAAUCUGUUGGGACUUUUAUGGAGUGUGAAAUUUUUGCAGUAAGUGUGAAGUUUGGAGGGGCAAAGUGAGACAAAGCAUGGCUAAUGGCACCACAUCUGAGUGUUGAACCCUUCUGUCCUGGGAGGUAGUCCAGCAUCCAGAUAUGACCACAGUGUCCAUGGAGCCUGUUGGAGUACUCAUGGAAAGGGGUGCCAAUGCCACCAACCCUCCUCCGAACACGCAUGAGGACACAGCCGCAACCUUUACCAUCGGCACAAUCCUCUCCGUCAUGUGCCUCGUUGGAGUCUCGGGGAACAUCUACACCCUGAUGGUCAUGUGCCAUUCCAUGAGGACUGCAGCCUCUAUGUACAUCUACAUCAUAAACUUAGCUUUGGCAGAUCUGCUGUAUCUUCUCACCAUACCCUUCGUAGUCUGCACACACUUCCUAAAGUUGUGGUACUUUGGGGACGCAGGGUGUCGGAUUCUGAUCAGCAUCGACUUCCUGACCAUGCAUGCCAGUAUCUUCACGCUGACUGUCAUGAGCACGGAGCGCUACUUUGCUGUGCUCAAGCCACUCGACACAGUCAAGCGGUCUAAAAGUUACCGGAAGGCCAUCGCUCUACUAGUCUGGGUUGCAUCUCUCAUCCUCACCCUACCAAUGAUCGUAGGCAUUCAGCUAAGGACAGUGGGCAACAAGGCUAUGUGCCAGCCCACCUUGUCACCACUCUCCUACAAGGUUUACCUCUCCUUCCUGUUUUGCACUAGCAUUGUCGCCCCUGGACUGAUCAUUGGCUAUCUCUACAUCCAGCUGGCACGCACUUAUUGGGUUUCACAGACCGAGACCUUCAAACAGACUAAGAAACUUCCCAAUCAAAAGGUGCUGUACCUGAUCUUUACCAUUGUGCUCCUCUUCUGGGCCUGCUUCCUGCCCUUCUGGAUCUGGCAGCUGCUGGGUCAGUUCCACCCCUCGCUGUCCCUGUCUGGCAAAGCCAAACGCAACAUCAACUACCUGACCACGUGUCUGACGUAUUCCAACAGCUGCAUUAACCCUUUUCUGUACACGCUGCUCACCAAGAACUACAAGGAGUACCUGAGGAAGCACAAGCGGUCCUGGUCGGCUGGCAGCUACUUCAACAGGAAGAGUCGCUUUCAGCGUUCGCCACGCAGGUCGCCAUCUUCCAGCAGUCAGCAGUGUACUGAGAGCUUUAUGCUCACACGUACAGCCUCCCUGCGAGCACAUAACACCAGUUUGUAAGAUAUGACCGAGCUGUGCUGGAAGAGGAAGAAAGGACAGAAGGAACAUGUUGAAGACGACAAAAACACGAGCAGAAUCUGAUCUUCUCAUCACCGCAACUGUGAAAGAGGAUGAAGAAGACUGAAGAUACUUUUGUAUUUGCAGUUCAAUGUGUGUGGACCAGCAGGAACUGAACGAGAAGCUGGUUUCUGCCGUUUCAGACUGUGCAAAGUAGACACCCUCAAGUCUGUAUUUAUUCGUCACUCCGAGAACCUCCUGUGGCAUGAGGAGAAAUAUCAGCGUCUUACAUAACAAAAUGAGACUUUAACUUUUAUGCUUUCUCGUACGUUUACUCUCUGUGCUUCUCAAGUGGCUUCGUGAAAUACAUGUAAAAGUGUCUUUGAAACUGUUAUUUCUGUUACAACAGGGGAGUAAGAUAAAGGCAACAUUAUAGAGGCAUCAGUGGCUUCAAAAAAAGGGAAAUGAAUGUCAGUAAAGCUGAAGUGAACAAAGUGAAGCGUCUGAUGUUUUAAAUCAAUGACAUAAAAUGCACGAAGGAGCUUCAGCUGCAGCAAAAGACUGAUUUCGGAGGACAGCUUGAACGUGCCUUGCCGUAUUUUAAGGCAGUGUUCAGACGGAGAACAACAUUGCGUGGAAAAAAAAACACUUUCACACAUUCCUAGCCGAUUACUUUGCAGGAAGAACCCCAUAUUUUUUAUUGUUUUCCUCACGGUAGAUAAAGAGAAAAGAUUGUCACAGUGCAUUGAUCUGUUUCUAAAACUUUUUUUCUUUGAUUUUCUGGAUAGCAUUUCAUCAUGUGAUACUUAAUGCAACAUGCCUCAACUAGCAUCGCCAUUUUUUUUAACAACACAGUGUAGUUUUUGGUCUGAACACCCAGUAAGUCUGGCAUUAUAUAUUUUUCUUGUUGUCAACAAAUCCCAUGAAAAGACCAAAACCAACAGUGAAUGGAUCCCACUAACUGUGUUACCUGUGUAGCCAAAGCAUGACAUAUCUUCCUAUGUGCUAUAGACCUCAGUUAUUGUCAAAAAAAGACUAAGGGGGUUUUCAGAUCAGGGGCCUAGGCCCGAACCUGGGAACCCUUGAGCCAAAAGUCCAGUUUGUUUAAAUAGUGUGAAGACUGUGUCCACUUGAAAAGAAUGUAUUGAGUACAGAUAAUGUGUACUCGGGUACGGUUAGCAUCAGGUGUGAAAACCAUCUGUACCAAAACAUGGAAGUGGACUGCCAUUUAAAGCAACUACAAGGAGUUUUUAACUGGUUAUGAAACUCUCAAUGUAUAACUGAUGCCUCUAUAUGACCUACAUAAGAAAAUGAGACCAUGAGCGAAAAUACUUUUUUUAUAGCUAUAGCUUAAUGCUUGUCGCCGGGUUCGAUUCAGACAGAAAUCAGAAGGCAGCGACCAGCCUGCUGUGGACUGGCUGCAGUCGGAGCUGUGGCGAAAAAAGCGAUCGGUCAAUCUUACUCAGGGACUGUAAUCUCAAUCAAUCAAUAAAUCAAUCGUACCUAAUAUGAAAAUUACCUAAGGGACUAGAGCCAUGCUAGCAGCUCUGUGACGCUGUAGCUUUGAGCUAAUGCUAUCAUCAUUAUGCUAACAUGUGCACUAUGACAAGGCUGCAAUGCUAAUGGUUACCAGGUAUUUCUUUUUACAUGUUAGUUAAGCAUUUUAGCAUGCUAACAUAAUGUGUUUUGAGUCAAUUCCACAUAUGUCACGGCGCCCACACUAGAGUCCGAAUUGGGCCGCAUUUUUGUGUCCGUGCUCGGCCGGCAUCUGACAGAGCUGUAACCGAGCCCGGCCCGAGCAUUAAGAUAUUUAUGUCCGAGCCCGACCCGAGCCGGACACAGUUGAAAUCUUAUUAUUUUUCUCAUACUAAUGACACAUGACGUUUGUUUGUGUGGA